UCAACUUUCCAUGUUCAUGCACUCACUCUCAUACCCAGCUGUUCUUUCUUCUAUUAUAAAACUACACACACUCUCUCAUCUUCCCACAUGUAUUAAACAAAAAGAAAGAUUGUUAUUUUAAUUAUUAUUAUUAUAAUCAUGAUCAUGAUCGGAAGCCAAGUCAAUAUUUCAAUAUAUCCAGAUCUACCUUCCUAAAACUGAUCAAACCCAGAUCUUCUUUACUCCACUUGUACUAGUUUUUACUUGUUUUUGCACUACCCAGAUCCAUAAUCCCCAUGGAAACCUUGUUUUCUUAAUUGGGUCUGGUCUAAAUCUUCCCAAGGUGGAUUCUUCAUUGCUGCUUUUCUUCGAUCUUCUCCGUUGAACUUCUUUUUAUUUUUUUGUUUUGGAGAAAAGUACUAUUUCUUUUUAUAAAUUUGGAAAUUGCUUAGACAGUGAAGAGCAGAGUACUGUAGUGGGGUUUCGUUGAGUUUCCUUACAUGGAAAAUUCGAGGAACAAGCGAGGAUUUGAAUAUGGUCGAGAGGAUGUUGACCAUGUCCCUGGAUCUAAGAAACAGAAGCUUCCUGCACUGGCAAGCGUGAUUGUGGAAGCUGUCAAGGUGGAUAGUCUGCAAAGACUCUGCUCAUCAUUGGAGCCUCUAUUCCGCAGAAUUGUAAGUGAAGAGAUUGAGCGUGCUUUGUCAAGGUUGGGGCAUGCUAAAUUGGCUGGCAGAUCUCCACCACCAAAAAUACAAGGGCCAGAUGAAAAGAAUUUACAACUUCAUUUCAGGACAAAAAUGCCACCUCAUUUAUUCACUGGGGGAAAGGUUGAGGGAGAACAAGGAGCAGCAAUCCAUGUUGUUUUGAUAGACAUGAAAACUGGCAAUGUUGUUCAAACUGGACAAGAGUCAGCAGCCAAGCUAAAUGUCGUGGUGCUUGAGGGAGAUUUUAACGAGGAAGCUGAUGAGGAUUGGAGCAAGGAGCAUUUUGAAAACUAUGAAGUAAAAGAGCGUGAAGGGAAAAGGCCACUCCUGACUGGGGAUUUACAAGUGACCCUCAAGGAAGGCGUGGGAAGUCUAGGAGAUCUUAGUUUUACAGACAAUUCCAGCUGGAUUAGGAGCAGAAAGUUCAGGCUGGGUCUGAAGGUUGCCCCUGGAUAUUGUGAGGGCAUUCGUGUUCGCGAAGCUAAAACAGAGGCUUUUGCUGUUAAAGAUCAUAGAGGAGAACUAUAUAAGAAGCAUUACCCACCAGCUUUACAUGAUGAAGUCUGGAGACUAGAUAGAAUAGCAAAGGAUGGAGCACUGCACAAAAAAUUACUUAAGGCUGAAAUUGUUACAGUUGAAGAUUUCCUCAGGCUUCUUGUCAGGGACCCACAGAAAUUAAGAAAUAUCCUUGGAAGUGGAAUGUCCAACAGGAUGUGGGAGAACACGGUGGAGCAUGCUAAGACUUGUGUAUUGGGUGGAAAGCUAUAUGUCUAUUAUGCUGAUGGAAGUCAUAGAAUGGGUGUUGUUUUCAACCAUAUUUAUGAACUUAGAGGCCUGAUUUCCGAAGGACAGUUCCUCUCUUUGGAAUCAUUAAACGACAAUCAGAAGAUGUCAGUCGAUUCGCUGGUGAAGAGAGCAUACGAAAACUGGCAUCAAGUCAUAGAAUAUGAUGGUAAAGUCCUGAAUUCGCUAACAAAUCCUAAGAAGGUGAUAAAGGCUUCAGCUGCAAUUGACAAUAACACCAACAGGGAUCAUUACACCAUGACUACUCAGAGCAGGCAGCAUUAUAUCCCCUCUGGACCGAGCCCACAAUGCCAAAACGAAACUAACCAUCCUUCAGUCCCUCAAUUGAUUGAAUUUCCCUUUGUUCGAUCUGAUCAGAAUGCAGAGAUGACUCUAGACAAUCCCCUAGCAGCAUUACCCAGCAGCAUUGAUUGCAUGUCAGUUGGGAAUUCAGCAGUUGGGAACUCUUAUUACGCUGGAGAUUGGUCUCGGGCAAGGAAUGGACAAGGUAUGGAAGACUUUUUUGCUGAGGAAAUCCGACUUAGGAGUUCUGAGAUGUUAGAGAGUGAUGACAUGCAGGGAUUGCUGAAGACAUUUGGUGUUGGAAUGGGAUCUGGGUUUGGUCAUCCUGGUGAGGUUUGCUAUUCCUACAGCACUCCAUACGAACCUCAGAUAAAUCAUACGUAUGAGCAAGACCGCAGCAGGGGAUCUGGAAAGGCUGUUGUUGGAUGGCUUAAACUAAAAGCUGCUCUAAGGUGGGGAAUUUUUGUAACGAAGAGAGCUGCCCAGAGAAGAGCUCAGCUUGUUGAUUAUUGA